AUGUACGCCCGCUACGCUGAGAGAGGUUUGCGCAUCCUCGGCUUCCCUUCCAACCAGUUUGGGAACCAGGAGCCUGGGACUGAAGCACAGAUCAAGCAGUUUGCUCAGUCAUACAACGCUCAGUUCGAUAUGUUCAGUAAAAUUGAUGUGAAUGGAGACAACGCUCACCCUUUGUGGAAGUGGCUGAAGGAGCAACCCAUGGGAAGAGGGUUCAUGUCAAAUAGCAUCAAGUGGAACUUCACAAAGUUCUUGAUCAACAGAGAGGGCCAGGUGGUGAAGAGAUAUGGACCCCUGGAUGAUCCAAGUAAGGUGGAAGCGGAUCUCCCGCUGUACCUAUAA